AUGGCAUCAGUGAAAGUGGCUGUUAGGGUUCGACCCUUCAAUCAAAGGGAAAAAGAUUUGGACGCGCAAUUAAUAAUACAAAUGAGAGAAAAAACUACAGGAAUUUUAAAUUGCAAGGCAAAUACUAGAGACGAAAAUAUUAGAUACAAAGAAUUUACAUUUGACUAUUCCUACUGGUCCCAUGAUAACAAAUCUGAAAAUUAUGCUUCUCAGGAAAUGGUAUACAACGAUUUAGGAACCGAAGUAGUUGAUUGUGCUUUCGAGGGCUAUAAUGCCUGCGUUUUUGCUUAUGGACAAACUGGAAGUGGAAAAACUUUUACUAUGAUGGGUGGUCCUGAAAAUCAGGGCUUAAUCCCGAGAAUAUGCAAAGCUCUGUUUGAGAGAAUGUCUGAAAAUUCAAAAAGGGGAACAACUCACAGGGUGCAAGUUAGUUAUUUGGAAAUAUAUCAAGAACGAGUUGCUGAUCUACUUAGGGGGCGUGAUAAUAAUUCUUUAAAAGUUCGAGAACACCCCAAAAAAGGACCGUAUGUUCAAGGGCUCACAACUUGUCUAGUAACUAACUACGGACACAUACAGGAGUGUAUGGAGAGAGGUAAUUCUCAUAGAACGACAGCUGCAACUAAUAUGAACGACGUUAGCAGUAGAAGUCAUGCCAUUUUCACUAUAACAUUUGUUCAAGCAGGCUACUGUGAUGGAGUUCCCAGUGAAACAGUUUCCAAGAUCCAUCUAGUAGAUUUGGCUGGAAGUGAAAGGGCCGAUGCCACUGGUGCUACUGGCCAAAGGUUAAAAGAAGGUGCUCACAUCAAUAAAUCACUUGUUACUUUAGGUUCUGUCAUAUCAGCUUUGGCUGAAUUGUCCAGUGAACAGAACGGCCAACGAAAAUCCGUGUUUAUACCUUACCGAGAUUCCGUCCUGACUUGGUUGUUGAAAGACAGUUUAGGUGGCAACUCGAAAACUAUAAUGAUAGCAGCGAUUAGUCCAGCAGACUGUAAUUACGGAGAAACCUUGAGUACGUUGAGAUACGCAAACAGAGCUAAAAACAUUAUUAACCAACCUACGGUCAAUGAAGAUCCUAAUGUUAAACUUAUUAGAGAACUUAGGGAUGAAAUUAGUAAACUUAGGGCUCUCAUGUUUUGCGAACAGAGGUCCGAUAUGUUGGCCCAACUGCACGAGAAGGAAGCAAGAGAAAAGGAAUUAACGGAAGAGUGGACGGGUAAAUGGCGAGAAGCGCAGGCUAUACUUAGAGAACAAAGAGCGUUGGGUUUACGCAAGGCUGGACCAGGAGUUGUUUUAGACUCUGAUAGACCGCAUUUAGUUGCAAUAGAUGAUGAUCCACUGACGACUGGAGUCACAUUAUAUCACUUGAAGGAAGGGAAAACUACAAUUGGUACCGAAGACGCAGAAGUCAAGCAGGACAUCGAAUUAAGAGGUGCUGGUAUGGAACCGCAACAUUGCGCCAUAACUUUCGAAAAUGGUGUUGCCACUUUAGAACCACAGUCUGGUGCUCAUAUAAUGCUUAACAGCACGCUGUUAGAGUCGCCAGCAAGGCUGUCGCAAGGUUGUAUCAUCUUCCUUGGCAAGGCACAUGUUUUUAGGUUUAAUGACCCCGCCGAAGCUGCACAAUUAAGAAAAGGAGAGAAAACCUACAACUUGUCUCGUUUGAGUUUGUUAAGUUGGUCGACGCCAGAUUUGGCGGUCUCGAUGGAAAAUUUGCAGUCGACUCUGGAUGAUGAUAAGACGGAGAUCGAGAUCCAGAGGUUAAAUUUCGAAAAGGAGAAGGAGCAGUUUGAAAAGGAACAGGAAGCGUUUGAGAAAAGACAGGAGGCUUUUGAGAAAAGGAGAAGAACUCUUGAGCUGGCGCAAGCGAAGUUAGAGGCAGAGAAAAUAUCUGUGCAGAAGGAACACGCCGAACAGACCCGCCAAUUACAAGAAGAUUGGCGAAAUCUGACCACACAGCAAAGACAGCGUGAAUCAGAAUUACAAGAAAAGGAAAAGGAACUUAUUCUAAGACGAGCGGAGUUGGAAAGAGAAAGACAAAAAAUUAUGGGCGAAAUAAGUCAAGAAUGUGAAACACUGCAAGAUAUUAAAGCAGGCUUUUUAAACAAAUUCAAUAAUGCUUGCCAAUUAGUUACAUCACAUGCCAAUGAAAUUACCUUUCCUAAUCCCCAAGCCAAGCGACUGUUUCAGGAACUAGUCUCGAAAUCAGACACUAUUCCAUUAACAGAUAGUGAAACGGAUAGUUUGGUGAAUAUUUUAAAUAACGUUAAAGCGUCUUCCAUUAUACAAGAUCUCGUCAGCCAACACAGGAAGGAGUUGGCAGAACUGCAAUUCGAACUAAAUAAAAGGGUUCAAACAGUUUGCGAAAGACAAAAAAGUGUAGAGUUAUUAGAUAAAAAAAUAAUAGAUUUAGUAGACGAACAGAAAUCGUUACGUUUAGAGGAAAAUACGGACGAACAACUGGAAAAUUUGAAGGAAUCUCUGUCAAAAAGAACCGAAGAUGAAUUAAAGAGAAUCGAACAGAAGAAGCAGGGUUUGACUUUGAAUUUGUCCAAAGUUAAUUCCGUACAAAGUCCGGAAUCUUUUAAUGGCAAUGGUUGUGGUACGGAGAAGGGGACGCUUAGUAGCGACACUUACCACACAGCAGCGAGCAGCUGUUCCCCGGUCUUAAACGUGAGGAAACCCGAGUAUCUUAUGAGCGACAGCGGUGUUGAACUGAGGCCUGCGUCUAUGCCACCGGAUGAAAGUGACCUCUCCAGUAAUGAAGACAAGUUGGUUGUAAGUGACUCACAAUCUACAAGUUCCAUAGAAAAUCAUUCCCCAGUGAUCAAGAAGAAUAAGAAGAGGGAAACGGAAUUACUGCUAAGAAGACUGGUGCAAAGGAUCACUCAACAAAAACAACUUAUUGUACGGAAUUUGGACAAUCAGUGCCCUAAAGCACAUUUAGAUUCUCAGAUAGCUGUAUUGCAAGAACUGCAAAGACAGUACAUGUCCCUAAAAUAUGGUUGUGUGUCAUCUUUGUCUCCUACAACGGAGCACCCGCUGCAAGAUAUCGACAGUCCCAGUCCCAUUAGGCCUUUACAUACAGGAUCUACAUCUGCCUUAUAUUCCCCGCCGUUUCAAAAUCAACGAUUGUCUCCUUACAACCAGAGUUUAUACAGAUCAAUGCCAUCCAUAACAACCGAUGUAGACUGGGAUUCAGUUGUAUCUAUAACGAGCUAUUGCCUUAGAGGAGCCGGGAGCAGUACGCAUUACGAGUAUGAGGUUAGGAUAUACACUGUUGACGAUCGGUGGUGCAUUCUUCGGAGAUACAGUCGAUUUAGGGAUCUGCAUAUUGCAAUGAAGGCUCGAUAUAGGGACAAGGUGUCCACAAUACCGUUCCCCUCGAAAAUACUCUUUUCAAACUCCGACUCUGUGGCUCAAUCGAGGAAGCGUCAGUUGGAAAUGUACUUACGACGGUUGAUCGAGACCUGCAGAAACCAUCCCAUGUGUCCCUUAGCCUACGGCGGUCCAAUUACCAAAGCUGCCUUGAUCAACUUCUCGCCCUUCUUCAGAAAAGGUAUUUUUGAGAACGGGAAAUAUGGGACUUCUUGA